UCACCCACAUCCACACUGUCCGAAGAACUGAGCGGAGGAAGCGAGAAGAAACCAAAAAAAAAUUGAGGUAGUGGAGGUGGUAUUUUGAUUUUGUGGUUAUAAGCAUUUAAAUACGUUGAAGAGGACUAAUGGGAACUGAAUCGGUUGUGCCCAAGAAGGCACCACUACCUACUCCUAAAGCUAUUAUACACCAAAAAUUUGGUACCAAGGCGGUUUACAAGACAGAAGAAGUGAAAGAAUCUGCACAAAAUGUUUGCCCAGGGUUAGCCAUUCCACAACAAGGUCCUUCUUUGUUUCGCUGCACUUUGGAGCUUCCUGAUGUGGCUGUUACUUCAGAGGUCUGCAAAAGAAAGAAAGAUGCUGAGCAGUCUGCUGCACAGAUUGCUAUCGACAAGCUUGGUAUCAAGACAGGGACAAAUGAACUGACUGUAAAAGAACUAUGUGAUGAAUUAGUCACUCGUGUGUCUUAUGUAUUUUCAGACGAGUUUCUUCCAUCACCCCAUCCGCUGACUGGCCACUUAAGAGCUGCAUUAAUGAGAAGAGGUCAUCUCAAGGGUUUGGUUCCUGCGUCUAUUCUUGCUGCAUGUGAUCAGAAGGUUAAUAAUUUAUGCAAAUCCAUCAAUCGCAAAGUGGAAACUGAUCACUUGCUAAGUAUCCCGCUUAUCAUGAAGGCUGCUACAUUAUCUGGUUCUGUAGCCACUGAUGAGGGAAAGCUCUGGAUUCGGAAGCAGAACCAGUACUCCCCCGAGACUAUUGAGGCUGUAAAUAAUGGGAAUCCUUCAACAGAAAACAUUUGUGUUCAAGCCAUACGCAUACCUUGCUCACUUGAGAAGCCUGUCCAGCCGCUGUCUCUUAAUAUUUCUUCCAAGGAAUAUUACGUUGAUGUCAUUGCAGAAAAAUUAGGUGUUGCAGAUGCUUCUCAUGUUCUUCUCUCCAGAACUAUUGGAAAAUCUUCAUCGGAGAUGAGAGUGUAUUUUUCUCCGUUGGGACUUCCACUGGAAUCUGAUUCGACACUGGAAGAUCUUUCAUACGAAACAGAAACUCUCAAUUUAAGGGCAUCCUAUUUUUCUGGUCAAAAUAUUCAUGGAGAAGCAAUCUUGGCAACUUUUGGAUACACGUGGAAAUGUACAGAUCUUUUUCAUGAAGACGUAACACUAGGUACCUAUUACAGGAUGCUUGUUGGUAGGCUACCUGAUGGGGGUUACAAGUUAUCUAGAGAUGCAGUAAUCGCAGCAGACUUACCCACAGCAUUCACUACACGUACAAACUGGAGAGGUUCCUAUCCUAGGGAUCUUUUAUCUACAUUCUGCCGCCUGCAUUGGCUACCUGAACCUGAAUUCUCUACAACUUGUGUUAAUGAUGCUAAUCAAUCUCCCACGAAAAAACAAAAAAUAGAAGACACUGCAAAUGGAGGUGAUGUAGAGGCUAACAGCAAGGAGGGGAUAAUGGGUGGUGGAGCCACCUUCAAGUGUGGUGUGAAGAUAGUAUCCACAAGCCAUGAUGUGAUUAUGGAGUGCUUGCCUGGAGAUUGUUACAAAAGGCAGGGUGAUGCAGUACAGAGCACUUCGUUAAAAGUCCUUUUGUGGCUGAACAAGUAUUUUAAACAACUGGACCUUCCUAUAGAGAAGUGGUCACCAUCUGAAAAUAAUGCACUUGGGGUCCGUGUUUAUCCAAAGAACUUUUUGAAGGCAUUUGCUAUCUGUGCAUCCAUACAUACUAGGGUUCUUUCGAAGGAUUCGGUGGGUCUCCUGAAUCGUGUGGAGGAGCUCGUUGAGAUGAAUAGGCAUUAUAACAUAGUUUCCCCACCAAAAAUAGAAGGUCUUGAUUCUGGAGUCUCUCCAUCAAAUGGGUCCCUGGUCUGCAUUAGCUAUGACAUCUCAUUGGUUAGAGAAGGAGAAGAAGACGUGAAAGAAACUCUUGAAACUUGUGAAGAAUUCGAGUUUGAAAUUGGAAGCGGUUUUGUGGUUCCUCAAAUUGAAACAUGUGUUACACAAAUGUCCGCUGGUCAAUCUGCUUUUUUCAUCACUGAGUUGCCACAUCAGCUCUUGGUUCUGAGUUCAGCUGGUGGUUGUGCAAAAUCUAUAUCCUCGUCAUCUUUAAAAAACUGUGUCUCGAAGUACUCUAUCAAUUUGUUGCGGGUACAAGAGCCGUUGGAGGACCGUAUGGAGCAGGCAUUGUUUAGUCCCCCUCUUUCAAAGCAACGGGUUGAAUACGCAGUGAAACACAUCAAUGAGUCCUGUGCUGCAACAUUGGUUGAUUUUGGAUGCGGAUCAGGUGCUCUUUUGGAUUCUCUAUUGGAUUAUCCAAUAACCCUUGAGAAAAUCGUUGGGGUGGAUAUCUCUCGUAAAAGCCUUACUCGUGCUGCGAAGGUUCUCCACUCUAAACUAAGUUCAGUGCAUGGCAAAGAUUCACCAUUAUCAAGCAUCAAGUCUGCUCUGCUGUAUGAUGGUUCCAUCACCACUUUUGACACUAGGCUGUAUGGAUUUGAUAUUGGAACUUGCUUAGAGGUGAUUGAGCAUAUGCAGGAGGAUGAAGCAUGUGCAUUUGGCAACAUUGCGUUGAGUACUUUCUGUCCCAAAAUUUUGAUCGUCUCAACUCCAAAUUACGAAUACAACCCAAUAUUACAGAAGAAUUCUCGAGAUGAUGAAGCAGAUGAGAAGAACUCCUCUCUUCCCUGCAAAUUCCGCAACCAUGACCACAAAUUUGAGUGGACUCGAGUGCAGUUCAACUCCUGGGCUUCCGACCUAGCCUCUAGACACAACUACAGCGUCGAAUUCAGCGGAGUUGGUGGGAUAGGUGAUGUGGAACCAGGGUUCGCCUCUCAGAUUGCUGUUUUCAGGAGGAAGAGCCAAUUACCAAAUCUCGAAGACUUGGCCGCCCAGCAUUACGAAGUUUUAUACGAGUGGAGUAAAAACUAAGACAACAUAACAUAAAUACCGAUGGAUCCUUUUGUGCUAUAAACUUUAACCCCUAGAUGUCAGCGCGAUAUAUUAUAUUUGUGGAGCUAAUUUGAGGUUAGAAUUAGCAGGCUCUUUUACAAUGUAAAAAUCUAACUACAUAUAUGUAGUUGUAAGUAAAAACGGUAAAACUAAAACCUGAUGGUAAUUUUGGGUAUGGUUUUCGAGGCCAAGCUCAAACUAUGGAAAUAUGGAUGGAUUUAACUGCUCCCUGAGCAAGUAAUA